CACACACGCACACCAUAUGGCACAUUUGAUCACUUCUUGUGUAGUUGUUGUUGUGUGGUCACUGUGUAACUUAUCCAGGGAGAACGAGCAGCAGCAUGCAGCACAUGUCCUCUCCGGUCAGGUUCCGCAACCAUAAGAAAGCUGCAACCUUAUCAGAGUUUUCCAGUCUGUCCAUUGACGAUCAGGAGGACACUCAGUUUCCCUUCGCCAUGAGGGACCUGCCUGGCGUCUCUCAGGUGGGCGAUCAGCACCAGGAACCAGGUCACCAGAUGUCAGUGAACCACGGGGCUGAGGGACCCCGUGCCACAACCAACGGGAGACGCCCCAGCCUUCCCGGGACCCCUCCUCCUGCCCGUCCCAUCCCUUGCCACCCCACCUCCGAUUCUCCAACGGCCCCUCAGAGACCACACCGUGCAGGAGUGGACUCCGGGUUUCAGUCCCUGCCGCUGAGGAAGCAGCUCGUCUCUCAGACGUCUCUGGACUCUACGGGCAGCUCGGUCUCCCGUCCACACAGUCCGUGGGGACGCUUUGACCCCUAUGACUCUCCAGAGCAGGAUCAGGACAAGGAGUAUGUGGGAUUUGCCACGUUGCCCAACCAGGUUCACAGAAAAACUGUGAAGAAAGGUUUCACGUUCACACUCAUGGUGGCAGGAGAGUCCGGCCUCGGGAAAUCAACCCUGAUCAACAGUUUGUUCCUCACUGACCUCUACAAAGACAGGAAGGUUCCUAAUGCUGAAGGUGAGGCUACUUCACGUAUCACUUGCAUGUGGGACAGGUUCACGUCAUCAGCUGUCAUUGAGGCAGGCACGACUUACGUUGCACUUGUGUGUUUGUCUGCAGAACGAAUCGGUCAGACAGUCGACAUCACCAAACACACCGUCAGCAUCGAGGAGAAAGGAAUCAAACUGAGGCUCACCAUCAUAGACACGCCCGGGUUCGGAGACGCCGUCAACAACUCAGAAAGCUGGAGGCAGAUAGAGGACUACAUCGACGAGCAGUUUGAAAAGUACUUCAGAGAUGAGAGCGGCUUGAACAGAAGAAACAUCCAGGACAACAGAGUUCACUGCUGCCUCUACUUCAUCUCGCCCUUCGGCCACGGCCUUCGACCUCUGGACGUUGAGUGCAUGAAGGCCAUCCACGAAAAAGUCAACAUAGUUCCAAUAUUGGCCAAAGCCGACAGUCUGACACAAGCAGAGAUCUGCAGGAAGAAGAGGAAGAUCCAAGAAGAGAUGAAGCAGUUUGGCAUCAACAUCUACCAGUUUCCAGAGUGUGAUUCAGACGAGGACGAAGACUUUAAGACGCACGACCAGCUCCUCAAGGACAGCAUCCCGUUUGCAGUGAUCGGGGGUAACGUUCAAGUGGAGAGUAAAGGUCGCAGAUUCAGAGGUCGUCUGUAUCCCUGGGGGGUGGUCGAAGUGGAGAACCCGGCUCACUCUGACUUCCUGUUGCUGAGGAACAUGCUGGUGAGGACGCACAUGCAGGACCUGAAGGACGUGACGCGGGAGUCGCACUACGAGAACUACCGAGCGCAGUGCAUCCAGAACAUGACGCGCAUGGUGGUGCAGGAGAAGCAACGCAGUUUGCGUGAGAAGUUUCAAGAAGGCAGCGAGGACAACUUCCCUCUGCCGCUCGCCGCCGUUGACAGUGAGAAGGAAAGACUCAUCUUUGAGAAAGACGAAGAGCUGAGGAGGAUGCAGGAGGUGUUUGAAAGGAUUCAGGAGCAGAUGCAGCACAGUCACAGAGGCGGCUGCUGAUCCUCCCACGAGUCCCUGGGCGAGGAGACGGACCAGCAGCGAACAGGAAGACAGAGACAGCCCCCGUUUAUAGAAUGUGAUGUCAGAACAGGAAGCGAGCCACAUGACAUUCAGAGCCUUGUCUGAUUAUUGUUCUCCAGGACAAUGCAUGAAUAGUGCGGUUUUCCCCAGUGGGCGUGCACGAGACAGAAGUGAUUACUAUAAACCUGCUUUUUAAAAUAAAACUAAAAUCUCGUAAAAAAAAUAGCUUCGAAUUGAAAGUGACUUCUGCGAAAUCUUUAAUAUGUUUUUGUGGUCAAAUGACAGAUUCCUAAUUUGACAUGAAAGAAUGUGAAAUAGCUUCAUUUAUCUGUUAAUUGUCCGAUUUCCUUUUCCUUAUAUUUUGCUUUAUAUUUUAUUAUGUAUAAAUAGAGGCUUUUAAAUUGUGAUAGUUCCACCAACAGAUUAUAAUGACUUGUCGAUAAGCUGCGUGUUCUCAAACCCAACACUUUAAUCAUAUCUUCAAGAAAACCAGACAAUUAUAUCUAAAUAUUUCUUUGUCCAUCAAAUUCAACUUGAAACUCUUUGGCCAUGAAGAAGUUAAACAUCAAUAAGAUGCACUUAAGGUUUGUUGCUUUGAAAACAGCUCCAGAUAAAUAGAAGACGCUUGAGCUUUGAAAAAGACUCAUGUCACCAAACGUAAUCUGGACAAGUCAGAGAACUCAACUGUGAAAACUUCCAACUCUGAAUAAGGACACAACACAGACACAUGAGCUCUGUUCGAUUUCUUCUUUGUGAUGUCAGGAGAAGCAUGAGGAGCAGCCACAGGCUCAGUGUGGUGUUCAAGAGCACUUCAGCAGCUCAUAGGGGGAUUUAUCUAAUCUGGAAGUUUCACUAUGAGUCAACAGUUUCAUUCUGUCGUCACCAAGAAGGUUUUGUUUUCACCGUCGUCCAUUUGUUUGUUGGUUGGUUUGUUUGUAAGCAAGAUUACCAAACAAACUACAGGACGGAUUAAAGGUUUGAGGAAGAACGCAUCAGAUUUUGACGAAGACCCAGAUCAGGGGGCAAAUCCAGGAAUUUCCCUUCUUUAUCAUAGCAAGAGGCAUUUUUCAACAUUUUCACCAAAGUCCAAGAAAUUGAUUUGUGGAAAUAUGAUGAAAAUAAUCAGCCAUAUGUUUGGAGUUUGUGAAAUUUGGUGCAGCUUGAUAGAAUUUAAGGAAAUUGUGGAGCCUUGGCAGCCAUUCUGGUUUUACUAAUGUAGUAGCACAGCUAAUCAGUUAGUAUCUUUGAUAAUUGUAUAGUGCUGCCAUCUAGUGGACAUUGUGGUGAUAUUGUGUUUGUAACACGUAAACUGCAUUUUCAAGGUUUUUGUAACUUGUGAAUGUUUUUUUUUUAUCUCUCAAUUUGUCUGUAAUGUAAGGAAGUUUUGUUUGUAUAUAUUUUUUCACGCGACCAAUAAACAC